ACGACGCAGAUUUUUUGCUCAGUUUUAAGUGGGAUUCCGUUCGGUUGCAUACGUUGGAAUAACAGCUUUCCGUUCACCGCAAAAUGACAUCACUCACGUUGCUAUACAUGUCGAUUAUAGUGCUGGUGGUUGUUAAUUUGCCCGACUCACACCAACAAGACAUAACCAAACUUCCGGACAUCGAAGGCUACAAAUUUCAUUGCAUCGAAGCAAGCGGCAUAACUGAGUCAUCGGCAAAAAAGUUGCAAAGCGGGGAGCAGAUCGUCACACCUGAUCAGCAAACAAAGUGCUACGUGCAAUGCUUCUUCCAGCGGCUUCGUUUGAUGAACGAAAAGGGUGAGGUUCAAAAGGAUAAGCUGAUAAAGUUCCUGUCCAAAGUGCUAGAUGAAUCGCAAGCUAAGGCCAUGGUGGAGAAGUGUGACACCAGGCGGACCAAUCCGUGUGAUACUGCGUACGACAUGUUCGCAUGCUACCAGAAGAAUAAAGCGAAAUUGUUCUAGACUCUAAACGCUGAAUUUCGGAUGUUAAUAAAAGUAGUUUGGUAGCCCUAA